AUGAAUAUUUCAAUAUUGGGUCAGUUUGUUGAUGUGGAUGGAGUUAAAAUACAUUAUGAAAAAGUUGGUACAGGACCCAGAGUGCUAUUAUUGUUACCAGGGGGUAUAGGCACAAGUCGUACAGAUUUUAGUAUUCAAUUAUCAAAUGAUAAGGGUUUGGAUAAAAAUCUGUUUACAAUGAUUGCAUGGGACCCACCCGGCUAUGGCUUUAGUAGACCACCUCAACGAUUAUACGAUAGUGAUGUAUACAAACGCGACGCACAUAUGGCAGCAAAAUUGAUGUCACAAUUAGGUUAUAAUUAUUAUUCGGUAUUGGGUUGGAGUGACGGGGCUAAGACUGGAUUAUUAAUGGCCAUCAACUAUGCCUCGAGUAUUGACAAACUGGUCAUUUGGGGCGGUAAUGCUUAUGUGGUGUCACAAGAAAAGCGUGUUAUAAAUGCCAUCCGUGAUAUCCGUAUUUGGAACCCACAAACACGUUAUUUUUAUGAAGCAGUCUAUGGUAAUGAACUACCUGUGCUCUGGAAUAAACAUUGUGACCAUUAUAUCAAUAAUUUGGACGAUAUUUGCCGCAAUCAAGUUCAUAAUAUAAUGUCUCCUACAUUUGUAUUGCACGGUGAUUUGGAUCCAUUACCAUUAGAGCACCCACUGUUUUUGUGCAAAACAAUAGCCGAUUCGCGAUUAUAUCGAUUCAAAUCGGGUUCUCAUAACAUACAUCAAGAGUUUAGUGAAGAGUUUAACAAAAUGGUCACCAAUUUUUUGCUUGAAGACAAUUAUUAG